AUGGAGCUGCAGAUGCAGCAGGUAACAGACACGCUGGAAAUGAAGCCGGGUCCCCACAGUGCUGUCGAGCAGGGGUCCUGCCUGCAUUCUCACGAGGCUGUGGGUGUCUUCCUGGUGUUCCACGAGCAGGGCAUCCUCUUCGGCUACCGACAUCCACAGAGUUCCGCCACUGCCUGCCUCCUCAGCCUUUUUCAAAUGACCAAUGAGACCCUCAACAUCUGGACGCACUUGCUGCCCUUCUGGUUCUUCUCGUGGAGGUUUGUGAGCACCCUGCAAGUGACGGACAUCCUGCAUGACAGCUACUCCUGGCCUCUGCUCGUGUACAUGGGCGCCAGCUGCUUGUUCCCCCUGGCGUCCAGCUGCGCACACACCUUCAGCUCCAUGUCCAGGAACGCCCGCCACAUCUGCUACUUCCUGGACUACGGCGCCGUCAACCUCUUCAGCCUGGGCUGUGCCAUCGCCUACUCUGCCUAUGUUUUCCCGGACACGCUGGUGAGCACCACCUUCCAUGACUACUACCUGACCCUGGCUGUGCUGAACACCAUCAUUAGCAUCUGGCUCUCCUGCUACUCCAGGUUUUUUGAGAUACAGAAGCCCGGGCUCUGUAAGAUGCUUCGUGUCCUGGCCUUUGCUUUUCCCUACACCUGGGACUCCCUUCCCAUCUUAUUCAGGGUAUUCCUGUUCGCCGGGGAAAGUGCGGAGAAUGAAGCCACCUUGUACCACCAGAAGCACGUGGCCGUGACCCUCCUGGCCUCUUUCUUCUACUCUGCGCAUCUGCCAGAGCGCCUGGCCCCUGGACGCUUCGACUACAUCGGUCACAGCCACCAGCUGUUUCACGUGUGUGUGAUCCUGGCCACACACAUGCAGACGGAAGCCAUCCUUCUGGACAAGACUCUGAGGAAGGAAUGGCUGCUGACCCACGGCAGGCCCCUGUUGUUCGCCCAGAUAGCCGGAGCCAUGCUUCUGUGCCUCAUCUUCAGCCUCAGCAACAUAGUGUAUUUCUCAGCUGCUCUGUAUCGGAUUCCCGAGCCGGAAUUACAUAAAAAGGAAACCUAA